CUAGUUCGCAUUCGCUUUAAUCAUAAUAAACCACCAGGGAAAGGGGAAACAAAAACAAUUUACUUCCCCCAAACAACGCAAAUUAAAAUGUCGCGUCCAUGCGAUACAUAAUGGCAGAGCAUAAGAGAACGCUGCCGUCACGCAAAGGUGACCAAAAAGCGAAUAAACGCGUGAAUGAGAGCGAAUUAGCCGCUGAGAGCAAACAACAGAAGCAGAAUGAGACGACGACGGUGGUGCAAAGUGUUGAUUUCAGUGGUGGUCAAACUGCUGAGAUGCGGAGAAGACUCGGAGAGGAUUUCUUCACACAACCUUGCGUCGCUUUGGCCAAAGCUUUCCUCGGCAAGGUGCUGGUGCGGCGGCGAGAGGACGGCACGGAGCUGAGAGGCCGCGUGGUGGAGACGGAGGCCUACCUGGGGGGAGAGGACAAGGCGUCGCACUCUGCGGGCGGCAAGCGCACAGAGAGGAACACGGCCAUGUUCAUGAAGCCCGGCGCCAUAUACGUGUACCCGAUCUACGGCGUCUACCUCUGCAUGAACGUGUCCAGCGAAGGUCGCGAUGGCGCCGCCGUGCUGCUGCGCUCGCUGGAGCCGCUGCAGGGUCACAGCGUCAUGAGGCAGCUGAGGGCCGCCAGACGCAAAGACGGGGCCCGGCCCCUCAAGGACAAGGAGCUGUGCAACGGACCCUCAAAGCUGUGCCAGGCCCUGGACGUCCCGCGCCGCUUUGACCGCCGGGACCUGGCGACCGACCCGGAGGUGUGGCUUGAGGACGCGGAUCUCUCUGCGGGAGACGCCCACGACGGGGUCGUGGUGGAGGCGCCGCGUGUCGGCAUUGAGUCCCACGGGGAGUGGGCCAAGAAGCCUCUGCGGUUUUAUAUCCGUGGGAACGCUUGCGUCAGCGUGGUGGACAAAGUGGCGGAAAGACGAGAGAAUCCGCCCGACCUCCACCGUCAAAAUAUCUGUAACCGUACACAAAUGGACUAAAGUACUGAAACGCAGACUCUGAAUCAAUUCAUUCACUCAACCCCCUUCCCCCUCCCCCCCUGUCAGGGUCCAUUUAAAAGCAGUGUUUUUCAACCUUUGAGCCAAGGCACAUAUACUGUAUUACAUACCGGUAAAAAAAGAACAUCCACAAAUUUCACUUAAAGUACAGCUACUGAAAUAAUGCUGAUGUCAUUUCAGUUUACUCCCAAAUUGACUUAUAGUGUGAAAUGUAGUCCUUGUACCUUCUGCCAUCUAGUGGUAGAGCAUUUAAUUGCUCGACCUGUCACGAUACGGCGCUGGCAUAGAUAGAUGAACGAAGAUAUUUGAAUACAUAAAUAUUUUUGGGACCAAUUGAGUGAAAUUGUAAAAUUUCCAAUGGCACAACUGAUGAUCUCUCACAGGACACUAAUCUGCUACAGCAACUGUUUGCAAAUGUUGCACACUGAAUCCUGCUUUUAAAAAAAAAAAAAACAGCAGCAGCAGCUCUCCAAUUACCAACAGUAAAGUACAGCAGCAUAGUAUGCCUAAAUCUUCAUCAAAAAGUGAAAAUCUUAUCCUAAAAAUAUAUUUAAUAUUAUUGUAAGACGCUGUAAUAUUAUGAACAUCAACAUGGUACAUAAACGAUUCAAUUAAAAUUUAAUUCACACAAAUUAAAUACAAUUAUACAGAGCACACUUGUCUCAUGCGUGUGAGCAACUGCUAACCCCACCCCGUAUGCUGCUGCUCCAAUAAGACUCUGAAUUUUGAUGCCAUGACGACCAUGAGUGGAGUUCGGAGACUGACCAGGUCAGGCUUCAACUUGUAGCGUAGACCACAGCGUAGGGAGCAACAUUUCACAUUUCAUACACUCCACUGUGUGUAUGUGGCACACGGACACAUGACCGAACACAAUUACCCAACCGCCGUGUCGAACCCUUCGCCGUGCAAUCAAGUGCGUGCCACUAAUCAGAAGCUAACGCUAAUCUGUGCAUCUAAGGAAACUCAAUGCAGCUAUGCUUACCUUGUACAUUUUUGCUUGUUAGUGACUCCAGAUCUUCAUCCGGCCUAGCUUCCAAGUCAUCGGGCGCAGAACGACAUUUUGGACAACUGUAACUUCCCAAAGUCACGGGAAUAAUUUGUAAGUGAAGGCAGGGGGCAGAACGAAAAGGAGAUUUUUGGUUCUCUUCGGUCCGGCAUCAGUUCUCAAAAUAGUGAAAUAUGGGGUAGCGACUCCAUAUUUUGUUCUUUAACUUUUACUUUCGUUUGCGCGCAGACAAAAAAAUAAAAACAACAACAUUUAAGUGGAACCCAUGCCUUCGGCUGAGGUUGUCUCUUUUUUAAAUAAAUAUCCGUGUUUUGGUGGUGGUGAGUGACUCGGGCUCAUUGAAUCCGCAGAUGUUUGGAACACCCUCGCCUCCCGUUCAAAGCGCAAAAACAGCCCGUCUGAUGUCCUCAGUCAUCUUCCCACCUCCGGGAUCCGCGAGGGGGACAUCUGGAAAGCUCAUUACUCAGCGUGUGCCCCCUCCGCAAUCCAAAGACAUCUGCCACCCCCAUCAUUUCCCCUUAUCGGAACACUCAAGGCCUCUCUCUACUAUGUACAAAAUAAUUUAUUAUUCUAAAAUGGACUCAUAAAUGAUCAAAAAUAAACUUUCUC